UUCAGCAAGGUUGGCAAAACUAAAAAGGCAGCGAGAGUCAUGGAAAUUUUGGAGAAGUCGGGAGCUGUCAUUGAUGUAAAAACUUACAAUGUUUUGAUUGAUGGUUACUGCAAAUCAGGGGAGAUAAAGGAAGCCUUGCUUGUUUUGGAUCACAUGCGUGUUGCUCCGAAUGUCGUUACUUACGAUAUAAUUUUGCGUGGUUUGUGUGAUAAAGGGAAAUUGAAGGAAGCAACUGAAGUCCUUGACAGACAGCUGCAAAGCGAGUGUUAUCCAAAUGUAAUUACAUACACUAUGUUGAUUGAUGCAACUUGCAAAAAAAGUGGAGUUAAUAAGGCAAUGAGGCUGUUUGAUGAGAUGAGGAGCAAAGGAUGCAAACCCAAUGUGGUUACAUAUAAUGUUCUUAUAGAUGGGAUAUGCAAUGAAGGUAGAUCGGAUGAAGCAAUUAGAUUAUUAAAGUACUUGCCAUCCUAUGGCUGUCAGCCCGAUGUAUUUUCUUAUAAUAUUAUUCUAGGUAGCUUAUGUAGCAUAGGAAGAUGGAUGGAUGCUCAGAAAUUAUUGGCUAGCAUGUUUCGCAGAGGGUGUGCCCCCUGUGUUGUUACUUUUAAUAUCUUGAUUAAUUUCUUGUCUCGGAAAGGGUUAGUAGGUAAAGCUCGUGAUGUCUUGGAGAUGAUGACAAGGCAUGGUUGUACUCCUAAUUCAAGAAGUUACAAUUCACUGCUUCAAGGGUUUUGUGAUGCAAAAAAAAUUGAUAGGGCAAUUGAAUACUUGAAAAUAAUGGAAUCUAGGGGUUGUUCUCCAAAUAUAGUGACCUAUAAUAUCUUGCUAAGUUCAUUAUGCAAAGAUGGGAAGGUGGAUGGUGCAGUUGAGAUAUUGAACCAACUAAGUGCAAGUGGCAAAGGGUGUUCCUCUGUUCGAGUUACUUAUAAUAUAGUUAUUAAUGGGCUUUUGAAGGCGGGAAAAACAGCACAUGCGGUGCAACUCUUGGAAGAGAUGUGCAGAAAAGGUCCCAAGCCUGAUAUAGUUACUUAUAGUACAAUCGUUGAUGGGCUUUUGAAGGAUGGAAAGAUCAAGCAUGCUGUGGAACUCUUAAAACAGAUGUGCAGUGAAGGUCUUAAACCUAAUAUAAUUACUUACACUUCACUAAUCGGGGGACUCAGUCGCGAAGGAAAGGUUCACGAAGCAAUUGAGUUCUUCCAUGACUUGGAAGGAUUAGGUGUUAAGCCAAAUGCAUUCACUUACAACUCGAUCAUGACGGGACUCUGUAAAGCUCAGCAAACCUGUGGUGCCAUUGAUUUUCUGGCUUAUAUGAUAGCAAAAGGGUGUAAACCUACCGAGGCUACAUACAAUAUUCUUAUACAAGGCAUUGCUUAUGAAGGAUUAACCGAGGAGGCUUUGGAGUUAUCAAAUGAGUUGUACUCUAGAGGAGUUGUGAAGAAAAGUUUGGUUGAAAAGGUUUCCGGCAAGAUGUAGGUAAAACAUCAACGUUAGAAGUCUUAUCCUACUAGGUGAGUUUGGCUACUCAGCUACAUAGUUUGGUUGAUCCUAUUGGGCUCUUUAAAACCAAAAUUUUCAAUAAUACAAUUUCGUGUUCUUUUUAUAAAGCUUUCAAGAUGUAUGAUAAAAUGUAUUUUUUAAUAGCCAACUUCACCUUGUAGAAUAAGAUGCUAUUGUUGUAUUAAAGGGCUUUUUGUUAUUUAUGCAUAUAGAUUUUGUUGUCCCCCAAUUUUAGUGGCCACAAACCACUUGGUCGUGAUUAUGGAUUUUAAUUGAGGGAGAUAAAAUGGCGAAAUUUAAGUCAAUUUUUUAAGUA